GACAGCCGGCCGCGCGACCGGAAGCGGUGGCGACCCCGGAAGCCCUCGCGGAGACAGCGGGUCCGUAACAUCGCGUCCCCUGCGCCGCCCCGAGGGCUGUGCUAGCCCGACCGGCCAUGGACGAUACCCUGUUCCAGUUGAAGUUCACAGCGAAGCAGCUGGAGAAACUGGCCAAGAAGGCCGAGAAGGACUCCAAGGCUGAGCAGGCCAAAGUGAAGAAGGCCCUUCAGCAGAAAAAUGUGGAGUGUGCCCGGGUGUAUGCUGAAAAUGCCAUCCGCAAGAAGAAUGAAGGUGUAAAUUGGCUCCGAAUGGCCUCCCGUGUGGACGCAGUGGCCUCCAAGGUGCAGACAGCUGUGACCAUGAAGGGGGUGACCAAGAAUAUGGCCCAGGUGACCAAGGCUCUGGACAAGGCCCUGAGCGCCAUGGACCUUCAGAAGGUGUCUGCAGUGAUGGACAGGUUUGAGCAGCAGGUGCAGAACCUGGAUGUGCACACAUCGGUAAUGGAGGAUUCCGUGAGCUCUGCCACCACGCUGACCACGCCUCAGGAGCAGGUCGACAGCCUCAUUGUCCAGAUAGCUGAGGAAAACGGCCUGGAGGUCCUAGACCAGCUCAGCCAGCUGCCAGAGGGAGCGUCUGCUGUGGGCGAGAGCUCUGUGCGCAGCCAGGAGGACCAGCUGUCCCGGAGGUUGGCUGCCCUGAGGAAUUAGCACGUCCGUGGCAGCUGCUGCCUCCCUUGUCCUGUGAUUGUUCUGGAGGCUUCUGCCCAACUGCUUCACUUUCUCCAACCCUUCGUAGCUGCCUGGGCUCUUUUCCAACCUGUCAGGCUGGCGCCUUAGAACUGAGCCUUAGGUUGGGCAGCGGGUCUCUGUCCUGGUAUUGAAUUUGCACAAGUGUGUGGUGACAUAUGUGCUUGUGGGCCACAGCUGGAGGAUGGCAAGCUUUCUGUUGUCCUCUGCCUAUGUGGAGUUGACAGGGUUUGGCCUGCAGAUGUGUCUGGACUUGAGCCCAGUGCUUUGGGGCCUUGAGACUCCAGCGACUGCACACCCGCUCUGUGCUGCGGCCAGGGAGGGUGAGAACCAUCGCUCCUUUGCCAGGUAACUCUUGGGAGCCUCUCCCCCUUCUGCAUAGAGGAAAUCCCAGUGUGUGACAGCCCUUAAGGUUCCUGUGGACUUUGUGUACCAAGGUGUCCAGUGCCACCAACACUGACCUGGGGCCUUUACAAAUGGUUGCUCUCCUCCAUCUUCCCAGGGCUGCGGUCCUGGUGUCUACUGCCGGCCGGCUGAGUCUGCGUGGGCUUUCUGUCUCUCAGCUCCCUUUCCCAGCCCACAGGGACAGAAGUACCAUCCACUUUCAAGUCCAGCUCCUUCCUAAGAGAUUCUUCCACCUUACUCUGCAGCUGCCUCUGGAAGAACUUUGGGCUGCUGGGGCUGAGCUGUCUGCUUGAUGCUGACAGACUCCUAGUGUCAGCUCCCAGGCCGCCUUAGAGCUGCUCAUUCCUGAAUGACUGGCUCCCCUGCCCUUUUAGACAAAGGCUGCUGCUUUCAGCCUUCUCCAAGGGAGAGCCUGGCUGGCUAACAGAGGGAGCCUGAGUCAGUCACAUCUGGCAGCUGGCAGCAAGCUCUUCAUCCCUCCACAGUGAGGAAGCUGGCAGCGAGCAGGUAGACCUGGAGACUGCACGGCUGCUGAUUGGUCUUCUAUCUCCUGAAGUUUACUCAUGUUCUUAAAACUCCUGGUGACUUUGUUCUUUUGCCAACGUAGAAAGCACAGUGGACGGGUUGUGUUUGUCCCAGCCCUCUCUGUAGGCUGAGCAGUGCAGCGGCGCCCACAGGUUUACACACAAGUUUGGUUUGGUUUCUUCUGUUCUGCACUUUGGAGUCCCUGGGUAUUCCACAUUACAAGUUGAUGUUAUAGGUGGGGGCUGGAAUUGUUGCCCUGGAUGUGGGGACCAAGGUACAAUCUAACCAUGGGCCCCCACAAGGCUUCCUGAAAUCAAAUGUUAGGUGUUGAGAGUAGCUGCAGUCUCGGGAUAACUUGUGAGUUCCCUGGGUCCUGGAGGGUGCAGGGUUUGUGGAACAGUAGUAGGGAUGGGGAGCUGGGCUGGGUUCAUCAGAAUGGGCGUGUCUGCCUUCACAGUGCUGUCCUAAGUAAAUAAAGGGAUUGGUGAAGAACGU